AUGGCAAUUUUGAAUUUCUCUGGUCCUGCCACAAUUUGGUUGCAGUCAGUUCAGCGCAAGAUCGCGGGUCUUGCCUGGGAAUCGUUCACAGCCCUGUUGUGCACACGAUUCGGGCGUGAUAAGCACCAAUUACUCAUUAGGCAAUUCUAUGCUAUCCGUCAGUCUGAUUCAGUCGCCGAUUUCAUUGAGCGUUUUGAGACUUUGAUGAAUCAUAUGAUCUCUUACUCUGAACUGACGCACCCGUAUUUUUUCUUGACACGAUUCAUUGAGGGACUGCGGGCGGACAUACGGGCGGUGGUGCUCAUUCAACGACCGCCGGACCUCGACACGGCGUGUUCAUUGGCUCUGCUCCAGGAAGAAGUUGCGGAUGGCGAGCUCUCCAUGCGCUCCGCACCCAGCCAUCCAUCCUCAUCGCGCUGGGUGACAACCAGCACACCAAGUCUUCCAGUGAGCAACCUGAGGCCAUCGGCACCUACUGCUAGUGCUGAAGAUCGCCGAGGUACUGAUGCAGCAAGAGCAAGUUCAGCAUCAGAUAGCAGCAAAAUUUCAGCACUGCGCACAUUCAGACGCGCUCGAGGCCUUUGCUUUAGGUGUGGCGAAAGGUGGGGCAAGGAGCACACAUGUCCACCUACAGUACAGAUGCAUGUGGUGGAGGAAUUGCUGGCGCUGUUUGCAGGAGAAGAAGAAAGUGGCGAGCACCAGCAAGAGCCACACGAGCCUGACGAGGACAAUCUGUGUACCAUUUCCAAGCAAGCAAUUGAGGGAGCUUCAGGUCCGGGCGUGAUGCAGCUUCAUGCUUGGAUCCAAGGCAGAGAGAUGUCCUUACUAGUGGACUCUGGCAGUUCAUCUUUGUUUAUCGAUCAUCGAAUGGCUUCUAAACUGACGGGGGUCUGCAAAUUGCCUACAGUUUGCAAGGUCAAGGUAGCCGACGGCGCAGUAUUGCGUUGUGACAGUUUCAUUCCACAAUGUCCGUGGACAUCGCAUGGUCAUGAGUUUGUUACAGAUUUCAAGCUCAUAUCAUUGGGGGUGUACGACACCAUCCUCGGCAUGGACUGGCUCAAGAAACAUAGUCCUAUGCACAUUGAUUGGGAGGCGCAAUGGAUGACAAUUACCACAGACCAAGGUUCAAUGGACUUGAAGGCAGUCACCAGCGAUCAGAUCCACUGUUCUGCAAUUUCUUCUCAGGAACUUGUGGUUGCCUGUAAACAGGGGUCAGUAGCUUAUGUCGUCCAUUUGAAUGCUGCGAACGAUACGGGGGUCAAAGAAGAAUCAAUUCCCGUGGAAAUUCUUCGGGUUUUGGAGCAGUACACAAAUGUGUUUGACGAACCCAAAGGCCUUCCACCGCGAUGUGCUUGCGAUCACAGGAUUCCGCUCAUGGAAGGGGCUCAGCCUGUCAACCUGCGACCAUAUCGGCACAAACCAGAACUCAAGAAUGAAAUUGAACGUCAGAUUAAAGAGCUGCUAGACGCGGGAAUCAUUCGGAGGAGUACUAGUCAAUUCUCCUCCCCAGCUCUACUGGUGAAGAAGAAGGACGGUACCUGGAGGUUAUGCGUGGAUUAUAGAUGUCUGAAUGCAAUAACAAUUGUCAGCAAGUACCCCGUUCCGAUAAUUGAUGAACUGCUAGACGAAUUGGUCGGGGCCAAGUGGUUCUCUAAACUGGAUCUGCGUGCGGGAUACCAUCAGAUCAGAAUGGCAGAGGGCGAGGAGUACAAGACGGCAUUCACUAUGCACUCCGGUCAUUGGGAAUUCUUGGUUAUGUCUUUUGGACUGGCGGCGGCUCCCCCAACCUUCAUUGGUGCCGUCACUUGCACUCUGCAACCGCUACUACGAGACUGCGUCAUUCUGUUCUUUGACGAUAUAUUGGUUUUCAGUAAAACUCUAGAGCAACAUGUAGAGCACCUCCGGCGAGUAUUACAAUUGCUUCGACGAGACCACUGGCAAGUCAAGCAAUCAAAAUGUGCAUUCGGUUAG